AUGGAGAAUGAGACUAACUUGGACUUUGCUAUGAGUAGGCUCGUGUGUUCUUCCAUCUUUUCCGACGCAUCAGCUGGAAAGCGACACGUCUAUCCGAACCCCAAACUCCUGGCCAACAACCAAGCAUGUGUAGAACCACAUCUCCACCCCAUUUUCAUCCCCGCGAGCGUAACCAGCCGUGCCCCGCUCUGGGAGACGGAUUACAACUGCCACAAGUCGAACAGCACCUACUUCUCUGAUCUCGACGUCGCUCGUACCGUGCUCGUUACGAAUCUGUAUACACCCGGCUUUUCAAUUCUCCAGAAAGAAAUGGACGGAGAGAUCGACGAGCAUGGGAAGCGGAAGUACCCCCGCGGCAGACUGGCCGUGAUGCUGGGGAGCGUGUAUUGCACGUUUAAAAAGGAGAUCAAGCCUUAUGAACUCUAUGAGAUGCAGAGCAAGAUUGCCGGAUGGGACGAGAAAUGGCUGUACGUCUUGACUUUCUUCUUGCGGCCGGAGAAACGCAAGGGCGAGGGCAAGACUUUACUCGCGGUGGGCUUGGGCAAAUACGUGACGAAAAAGGGCCGGUUGACUGUUCGUCCAGAAAAGGUGUUGAGGGCGAGUGGGUUGUUGCCUGACCGGCCGGACGGAGAAGUUUCAGUGACCGCGUCGUCGUUGGAGACGCCGGCGAGCGGGGAGGCAAUAAACGCCGAAGAUGGCUUGGAGGAGUCGGGUAUCAGGGAAGUCCUGACGCUGGGAGAGAGCACGAAUUUGGAUCAAGCGGUGUUGGAGAAUGAUAAGAAAACUCGAUCGGUGUCGAACGGAUCUUUGUGGACGUGGGAGAGGAUAGAGCAGGAGAGAUUACGCGGGCUGGAGACUGUACGAGGAUUCAUCAACAUGGAUGCAAAGUUGUAUGAGGAAGCGACAUUGGUUUGA